GGGCGGGGCACCGAGCAAAGGUUGCCACUCAGUCCCGACCCUUCUCCGCAACUCGGCGGCAUCAUGACGGUGGGCGCCCGGCUCCGAAGCAAAGCGGCGAGCAGCUUCACGCGCCGGGGGCCCCUGGGGCGAUCGCGCUGUGCCGGUGACGAGGAGACGGAUGUCAUCCUGGAGCACCUGGAGGGCGAGGACGAGGACCCGGCGAGCCCCGACUGUGCGCGCGAGCGGGGCCAGGAGGGCGGACGGCGCGCGGGGACCCCGAGCGCGCGCAGGGUGCACCUGGCUGCGCUGCCCGAGCGCUACGAGCCCCUGGAGGAGCCCGCGGCAGGCGACAAACCCAAGAAGAAGUAUCGGCGAAAACUGAAGAAGUACGGCAAGAAUUUCGGGAAGGCCAUCAGCAAAGGAUGCCGGUACAUCGUCAUUGGCCUGCAAGGAUUCGCUGCAGCCUACUCCGCCCCGUUUGGAGUAGCCACCAGCGUGGUGUCGUUCGUGCGCUAGCCAGGGCUGCAGGGGCAGGCGUCACCGGAAUGCUUCCGCGCCGGGGGACGGUGUGAAGCCAGCACUUCACACUCAGACUCGCGGGAACGCAGAAGAGGAACCCUGCUUCAUAACCAUUGUUGAACUGGUUGAGGGUUGGGCAGGAACCGUCCCUGCUCAUCUGCUGAGCCACUCUUGGACGUGAGUGGACCCAGGGAGUCCUGCAGAGAAUUAGGCCAAGGUGGAGUUGGGGUUAGGGUUACUUUGCUGCCUGUGCUGCUUAGAGCCUUCCUGGGGUGCAUGCAGGCAGGCUCAUGGCAGGUCUGGGGUCUGAGACACGUGGGAGAUGGGUGAUUUUGAAGGAGGCCUCUAAUGUGAUGGUUGCUAGGUGCUGAAAAGGUCGGGACCUGAUGGGCACUAGGCCUUGCACAAUCCUCUCACUGAGUACAGCAAGGGAGCUGUUCAUUUCUGAAGUCUUUCAGACUCCCUCAUCUCUUUUCUCCACUGUCGUCGGAAAUUUAAUUACAGGUUUGGGCAAAAAGAAAGAAGGAAACAAUCUUUAAAGACCAUGAUGCUUUGAAUCCCAUGUUCACGGCUUGUGGGGACUAUUGAAAGGAGAUCAAAGAGUGUCAUUUUCACCCAUCUACAUGAGUAUGCAGCUGGCAAUGAGGGAGGGAGGGGAGCAGGGAGAGCAAGUUGGGAGACUGCCACAAAGGCCACACUUUGAAAGCCAGAGCCUGGUCCAGCAUGGUCUGGGCCAUCUCCUGUGUUUGGAGCUGGCAGCACUCCUGCAGAUGUGGCUGGCCACAGCAGUUCACUGCGACAGGUGCCUACCUGCUCCGUUUGAUUGAGGGGAGAGGUAGAUGGAGAGAGAGAGGGAGGGAGGGAGAGAGGGAGAGAGAGAGGAUAUGAAUGAGAAUUGGCAUGUAUGUUUAGAGAGGAAUGAGUAAGUAAGAGAUAGGCAUGAGGAAGGAAGAAAAGAGCCAAGAGCGACAUUGAACUUCCUUGGGUAGGCUAGACUGUAUGUGGGUGCAGAGGGAGCUGGGGGACCAGAGCACCUUGGUGGUUGACCUCACACCUCUUAAGACUGCACCUCACUUAGGUUCAAAGAUUAGAGUAGGCAAGAGUCCCAGGCUUGAUGCCAAGCGUGGUUCACAGACUAACACUGAGUGCUGGGAGAAGUGGAGAAGAAACCCUCAAAGGCUAAGAAGUUUGGGAAAUUGUACUGCUGUGUAUCACACUGUGUUUAAAGUAGUUCAGAGUGGCUCCUCUCACCGUGACCCUUGGCCAACCCCAACAACAGGCCAGGAUUCCGACUUUGCUUCUGGAAUGGUCGAGAUCCAGAGCAGGUCUUGGGAACUACUCUGCAGAAUCAGUGUCAGUCUAUUGGCCUGAGGCUUCUGGGGCACAUAAAGGAAGCCAUGAUGCUCACAUGUCACCCAUUGGGCCCAACCAUCAGGCACUGGUGGGUGGAGAGGGCUGGAAGACAGACAGAGGGACAGAGGAGGAACGGGUGGAGGAGACAGUGGCAGCUGCUCACUCAGCCUCAGCCUCCAGAAGAUGCCCAGGGCCUGGAGCUAGGAAGGAAAAGCUCUCACUUUAGCCCCAGUAAUACAAGCUGGUUUUGUGUAGGUUCACAGAUGUGACAAAGCGAUGCUUGCUGGGUAGGCCUAGGAUGGGAAGUGGAAAGAUAAAUAGGAGGAAAAGCCAUACACAAUUAGCUGGAAAGAGGCAGGAGUGUGAGGCUUGCGGGAUCUCUCCCCUGCUACCUCCUGAUGCUGAUGAGCUCCAGGGAACCCACAGCAUCCUGCCAAGUAGGGAGAAAUGUGACCCAGGGAAGGGAUGAAGGAACAGUCAAGGUCAUUUCCCUUCCUGGGAGUCUUCCUCCUCACCUCCCAAAUUGGAAAAUCAUCAAACCAAAGCACAUCUGGCCCCGUGUCCCUCAAAGUCUGGUUAAGAAUUAACUCAGAAAUGUCCAAAGUCAAAAGCUCAGGACAGAGGCUGUCCUGGGACUCAGCCAGCUUUGCCGCAGGGUGGACUUCAGCCCCUGGAGCACGCUGUGUGGUUACAUGGUCUGCGUAGGACUCUCGGUUCUGUGAGCCCGGUUCUUCCAGCCUGCAAACUUGGUUCGUGCUGUAGGCUGCUUUCUUUGCUUUACUGGUUAUUCCCUUAUGUCUGGCAGUGGGGCCAUGCCCUGUUGCAACUGAGUUUGAUUGCUUAGCUCUCCCAUCACUGGCCUGGAAACCCUUUCUCUGUAUCCCUCUCCUGCCUUGUGGUAUAAAUAAAAGUUCCAGUUUGUCUGGGUU